AUGAAUGAAGUCAAACAAGUCAUCACGAGCAAGGUUGAUAAAAAUGACUACGAACUGGUUGAGUUAGAGAAUGGCACCAGGGUAGUUCUAGUAAGCAACAGUGAGUUUGAUACGGCAGCAUGUGCAGUCUCAAUGGGAGUUGGAACAUUCAACAACCCUAAAGAGAUUCCUGGCCUAUCCCACUUCCUGGAACACAUGUUAUUUAUGGGAAGCAAGAAGUAUCCAAGUGAAAACUAUUUCAUGGAAUUGGUCAGCAAGUUUGGAGGAUACACCAACGCGUAUACGGCAUCAGAAAUAACAUGCUACUACAGCAGCAUCCACAAGGAUGAGUUGAACAAGCUGAUUGAUGCAUUGGCUGGAUUCUUCAUAGAUCCAUUGAUGAAGGAAGAUGGUGUUGGAAGAGAACUAAAUGCAGUUCAUAGCGAGUACACCAAUGGAAUCAGCAGCCAAAGUAGACGAGAAUACGAGUUGAAGAAGCAGUUCAUGCUUGAUACAUCAAGUUUGAAGAAGUUUGGUUGUGGAAACUUAAGCACCCUCAAAAUUGAUCAUAUCAGGGAAAAGGUUGUUGAUUUCUACCAUAAGAACUAUUCCAGUGAGAAAUGCGUGGUUGUAGUCUGUGGAGUGGAACCACUUGGAAAACUAAGAGAAAUGGUGCAGAUAUUUGGGAAAGUGAAAUCAAAUAACCAGAAGAAUGAUAAAACUAAGGCAAUCAACCAAAACAUCAAAACAAGGCAGGUUUUCCAGGAUGAGUAUCUUGGUAAGGUAAUACGAUGCAAAUCACUAAACAAGAGACAAAGUUUAUCAGUUGAAAUAAUGAUUGAUCCAACGAAACAAUUCUAUAAGGAGAACCCAAUUGGAUACAUUGCUCAUCUAUUUGAAAGCAAGGAAAAAGGGUGUCUGUUGAAUAAGUUGCAAAACAGUGGAUUUGGAUACGAUGUGAGCAUGUCAUCUAAUGAAUACGAUGAAAUGACCUGGAUUGAUAUCAAUAUUGGAUUGACUGAUAUCAAACACAGGAAGAAGGUGUUGCAAAUGGUUUACGAUGAGCUGAAAAGAAUCAACAAAACGAUAAGUCGUGCGGAAUACGACAGAAUCAGACAAAUUAAGAAGAUUGAACUGGAUUACGUUGAUAGCAUGGAGCCAAUUGAUCUGGUGGAGGAGUUUGCAGCAAACAUGCAGGGAACACCCUAUGAGUAUGCACUACACGGUGAAUUGGUAUUUGAAGAGUACAAUGAGAUAUUGAUCAGAAAUAUUCUAAGAUGCCUGAUGGAGUGGAAGAAGUGGUUUGUGCUUGAAGUAACAGACGACCUGAAUGGAAAGGGUGUUCUUGAUACUGUACAUGAUGCCAUUGAGUACGUUGAUUUGAAAGAGAGUAUUGAGAUUGAUGAGAAUGAUGAAAGUGGUAGUAUCACUCAACCGAAUGCUUCUGAUGUAGUGAUAAGUGAUAUGAAACUGAUCAAGACAGAUGUCAGUAAGAGUGAUCAUAUUUGGCAAGGUAGAUCAUUCAGAAGAUCAGGCAGAUUAAACAGUGCCUUUGAUAUGGAAUUGGGUGUACCAAAAGGGAUCAUCACUGUCCAAUUUGGGACCAUUCAAUCAAAGAAUGUGGCACAGUUGAUCAUCCAAAGCAAGGUGAUGAUUGCAUCAUUUGAGGAAGAAUACGCCAGGAUGUUAGAGAACAACUGCAUUUCAAUAUCACUUGGUUACACACCAAGCAGAAUACUAUUCAUAUUUGAAGGAUUCAAUGGAAUUAUCCAUGAAAUAGUAUUGAAAUUCUUUAGGGAAGUCAAAAUCAACAGAAACUUCAUUGAUAACGAAAUCAAUGAUCUACGAGGUGCCUUGAGUAAGAAUAUCACAGGUAACCCGUAUUGCAGAUCAUCACAGUUCUUUAUACGAAGUGUAUUGGGAUUGGAUACAGAAGAAGAAAUGGUAGAGAAGUUGAAUGGGAUCACGUUGGAUGAGUUGGUUAAGUUUGAUGGCAUGAAAGUCUUAGCAGUGGGCAACAUUGAUCAGAAUUCAAUCAGUGAUAUUGAUCAGAAAUUGUUGAAAUGUGACAUCAUCACCAGUGAUGAAAGCAAUGAACAAAUCAACUUGGGUAAGAAGGAAUUCUCAUUCCAGAAGCAUGCUACUAAGAACAAUCUGCUCCAUAGAUUCCACCUGGUUCCUGAUAAUCAGGUGCAUCUUGGACUGCUCUACAUCCGCAUAUUCAGUGAAACAUUCUUUGAUCAAUUGAGAACGAAGGAGCAACUUGGAUACGUGGUGCAGCUGUUCACGUUCUACGUGAAAGAGAGCCUGUUUAUUUCAUUCAGGGUGCAAUCAGAGAAGAGCGUGGAAGAGUUGAAGGAGCGAUUUGCCAAGUUCAUCAACGACUCACGUGACCUAUUGCGUGACAUGAAGGAUGAGGAAAUCGAAAACUACAAAAGUGGACUGAUUUUGAAUAUGAGAGAGAAGAAGAACAGUUUGACAGCACUGAAUGACCAUGCCAUGAUUUGUAUGAAUCGGUUUGAAUUUGACCUGAAUUCACAGGAGAAGCUGGCAGAUCAGAUCAGUGGAAUCACCAAGAAAGAGCUGAUUGGAUUUGAUGUAGCAGAAUUAGUCACCUCUGACGUAACAACACGGGAGUAA